CAGCGCGUCACGUUGCCACACUGUAAACACAGUCCACACUCAGUUUAAACAUAAUCGUUCAGAAUAAGUGAUGUACUGCGGUUUCUCUUGAGGUUGAAAUAAUCAUGAAGAACAGAAGCGGGGGCUAUGUGGACAACCGGCUCAAACAGAGAGUGGAGCAGUACAUGGCGACCUGCUCCAGUGAAUAUGUGGACCUGUCAGCCAUGGCUGUGGAGCUCCAGAGACUGCACAGAAUGGAUUACGGCAGGCGAAACAAAAUAGCUUUCAGGCUUCAAGUAGAGAAAGUGUAUGACAUAUUAAUGAAGGACUCUGGGAUAAAUGAUCUGGAGAACAAACACAUGGCUAAGAGAGCAAAGCACGCCAACAAAGGCACGGGUGAAGGCAGCAGCAGCAGCUCAGAGGAGGACGGCGACAGUGAUGAUGUCAUUCUGGAGGACACGCCGAUCAACCACAUGAACAGCUCCCUAACGUCUCUGUACCGUAAAGGAGUCCCUGAGUCGGGCUCCGGCUCCCCCAGGAGAGAUCCUCCUGCUGCCAGCACUCCUGGCGGCGCAGCCAGCACCCCCCCCACUGCAGGAACACAGGUGUCCACAGGAGGCUGGUUCAUUGACAAAGGCAGAGGCCCAGAGGAGCGCAAAAUCUUAAUCGACCUGUGUGAUGAUCAGACGGAUGUGUCCAUGCUUGAGCCGGAGAAAUCUACCAAAAAGUCAAAGAAAAGGACAAAGGUCUCUGAAACUACUGUGUCCCGCACCCCAAAUAAGAAAGCAAAAUCAAAAUCACUCGAGCUGCAGUAUCCCACUCUGAAGUUUGAAGAUGUGGGAGGCAAUGAAGAGACGUUAACGGAGGUGUGUAAGCUGCUGAUCCACAUGCGUCACCCGGAGGUGUACCAGAGCCUGGGGAUGGUUCCUCCCAGGGGCUUCCUCCUGCACGGACCCCCCGGCUGUGGAAAGACCCUGCUGGCCCAGGCUGUGGCGGGGGAGCUGAAGCUGCCCUUGUUGAAGGUGUCGGCUCCAGAGCUGGUGUCUGGAGUGUCGGGGGAGUCUGAACAGAAGCUCAGAGAGCUGUUUGAACAGGCUGUGAGCUCUGCUCCGUGUAUCAUGUUCAUAGAUGAGAUCGAUGCCAUCACACCAAGGAGAGAGGUGGCUUCGAAAGACAUGGAGAGGAGGAUCGUAGCCCAGCUGCUGACCUGCAUGGACGACCUGAACAGUCUGACGGUGACGGCUCAGGUGAUGGUGAUCGGGGCCACCAACCGGCCGGACUCCCUGGACCCCGCCCUGCGCAGAGCGGGGCGCUUCGACAGAGAGAUCUGCCUGGGGAUCCCUGAUGAAGCAGCUCGACUCAGGAUCUUGAAGACGCUGUGUCGGAAGCUGAAGCUGCCGGAGGACUUUGACUUCAAGCAGCUGGCCCGCCUCACUCCGGGCUACGUGGGGGCCGACCUCAUGGCUCUGUGCCGGGAAGCAGCCAUGAGCGCCGUGAACAGAGUUCUGAUGGAAAGAAGAGCAUCGAGCCAAAGAAAGAGCUCCACUGAAGAGACUGUAACAGGUGGAGCUCAGGUGGAGGAGGCUGUGACAGACGGAGCUCAGGUGGAGGAGGCUGUGACAGACGGAGCUCAGGUGGAGGAGGCUGUGACAGACGGAGCUCAGGUGGAGGAGGCUGUGACAGACGGAGCUCAGGUGGAGGAGGCUGUGACAGACGGAGCUCAGGUGGAGGAGGCUGUGACAGGCGGAGAGGUCACAGAGACACAGACAACAGACCUCACCCCCCCGCUGCCUCAGGAGGAGGCGGGGCACAAUGACCUGCAGCAGGGGGAGCUGUGGCACCUGCUGCAGCUGCUGAACAGCACUGAGACUCUGUCGGAGGAGGAGCUGGCCGGCCUCUCCAUCCUCAUGUCAGACUUCCAGGUGUCUCUGGCCAGCGUGCAGCCCUCAGCCAAGAGGGAGGGCUUCGCCACGGUGCCCGACGUCACCUGGGAGGACGUGGGGGCGCUGCAGGACAUCAGGGAGGAGCUGACCAUGGCCAUACUGGCUCCGGUGCGUUCUCCGGAGCAGUUCAAAGCUCUGGGGCUCAGCGCUCCAUCCGGGGUGCUGCUGGCUGGACCUCCAGGCUGUGGAAAGACCCUGCUGGCAAAGGCAGUGGCCAAUGAGUCAGGCCUCAACUUCAUCUCUGUCAAAGGUCCAGAGCUGCUCAACAUGUAUGUUGGUGAGAGUGAACGGGCUGUCAGACAGGUCUUUCAGAGAGGACGCAACUCGGCUCCGUGCGUCAUCUUCUUCGAUGAAAUUGACGCUCUGUGUCCGCGCCGCUCGGGACACGAGUCAGGAGCCAGCGUGCGGGUAGUCAACCAGCUGCUCACAGAGAUGGACGGCUUGGAGACCAGACGGCAGGUCUUCAUCAUGGCUGCCACCAACAGACCAGAUAUCAUCGACCCUGCCAUACUGAGGCCAGGCCGGCUGGAUAAGACCUUGUAUGUGGGUCUGCCUCCUCCAGCAGACCGCCACGCCAUCCUGCUCACCAUCACCAAGGGAGGGACCAAACCUCACCUGGAGCAGGAUGUCAGUCUGGAGGAGAUCGCCUUCAACGAGCGCUGCGAUUGCUUCAGUGGAGCUGACCUGAAUGCGUUGGUGAGGGAAGCCUCUGUGAACGCUCUGAGGGAAUACCUGAAGUCCCAGCCCACUACCACUGCUACACCAGGACACACGUUCACUGCUGGCCCAGUUGUUGACAUCAGAGUGAGCAAACUGAACUUUGAGGAUGCCUUCAAGAAAGUUCGUCCAUCUGUGUCCAAAAAAGAGCAGAAGAUGUACGAGCUGCUCAGAGAGUCCCUCAUCAGAUAACUACUGGACCAGAACCACAGUUCAACUUUAGUGAAUCAUUUUAUGUAAUGUAUGUAUACACAUUUUAUUAUGUUGAAUCAUAACUGAUUCCUGCUUUUGUAAUAAAAAGUGUAGAA